ACAAAAUUGUUUCAUUCAGUGGAUUGACUUUCAUUGCGAAACAUAAAGCCGACUGAAAAGAUCAAAGAAAAGAUGUCAGUCUCCUAAAAUAAAGAAAUUUAUAAAUAUGCUCUUUUCAGUGUGCAAUGUAUAACUCCAUUCCAGCAUUGUUAGCUGCAGCAAGAAAAACUGUCAUGCAGAUGGCUACUUACUUUCUUCAAGCAAUUUUGUUGUUGCAGUGUAUAAUGGCUUGCUUAGCUAUGGAAACAACCAAUAUUACGACUGAUCGACUUUCUCUUCUCACCUUAAAAGCCCACAUCAAUUUAGACCCUUCGCACGUUUUAUCUAGUAACUGGUCGGAUUCUACUUCUGUCUGUGUCUGGAUUGGAGUUACUUGUGGUCUUCGCCACCAAAGAGUAACUGGACUAGAUAUUUCCAACAUGAAUCUUACGGGAAACGUCCUAUCCCAAUUGGGAAAUCUAUCCUUUCUUGUUUCUAUAGACUUAAGCAGAAACUAUUUUCAGGGUAGUCUGCCUCAGGAGUUGAUUCGACUUCGACGAUUGAAAACCAUUGAUUUCAGCUUCAACAAUUUCAGUGGUGAAAUUCCUUCAUGGUUUCAUUUCUUACCUAAACUUCAACUUUUGAACCUUGGGAAUAAUAGUUUUACUGGUCUCAUCCCGCCUUCUAUCUCUAACGUAUCCACUCUCCAGAAUCUGGAUCUCUCUUCCAAUCAUCUACAAGGGAAAAUCCCUCAGGAGAUUGGAAACCUUUAUAACUUGAAAACGCUUAGAUUGCGAUAUAACAGGCUCACUGGUCCAAUACCUUUUAGGAUCUUCAACAUAUCGGCAAUGGAAAUUCUUUCGUUGACAGGGAAUAGCUUAUCUGGUCAUCUCCCUCUUGACAUAUGCCAUGGACUUCCAAGACUCAAAGGGCUUCAUCUAUCUUCAAAUGAGUUGGGUGGUGAAACUCUUUCUGGUCUAUCAGAAUGUUCACAACUUCAGAACCUUUCUUUGUCAAUCAACAAAUUUAAUGGAUCCAUUCCAAGAGAAAUUGGGAGAAUAAGGAUGCUUCAGAUUUUAUAUCUUGAUUCAAAUAAUUUUUCAGGUGCGAUUCCACAUGAAUUGGGUAACCUGGAGAACCUCAAGGAGUUAAGCUUGCGAACUAAUUUUUUUACGGGCUCUAUACCCGCCAGUAUCUUUAACAUUUCAUCAUUACAAUAUAUUAGCAUUGCUCGAUGCAACCUUUCUGGUGUAAUCCCACAAGAGAUUGGCAACCUUUACAACUUGGAGUAUCUUUAUUUGAGCUACAAUAGUUUAAGCGGUUCCGUUCCCCAAAAGAUCUUCAACAUCUCAACAUUGUUAGUGAUUUCAGUUUCAGACAAUCAACUUUCAGGCAACCUAGAUUCAUUGAAUUUGGGUUACGUGCUUCCUAAUCUUCAAAUACUCUACAUGGGCAAUAAUAAUUUCCACGGAAGAGUACCGAAUUCCAUUGCAAAUUCUUCUAAACUCAUUACAAUAGAUCUGUCUAGAAACAAUUUUACUGGUGAUGUUCCCAACUUCCUAGGGGAUUUGAGAUUCCUUGAAAGUGUAAACUUGGGUGACAACAAUUUUAUGAGUGAAUCUUCAGAACUGAGCUUCAUCACACCAUUGACAAGCUGUAGAUAUUUAACAAAAUUGAUUUUUGCUAAUAAUCCUUUGAAUGGCAUUCUUCCAGCUUCAGUUGGAAAUCUUUCCACUUCACUUCUAUAUCUAUAUGCAUAUAAUUGUGAUAUCCGAGGUAGCAUUCCAAAUGAAAUAGGCAAUCUCAGCAGUUUGAUAGUGUUAAGUCUGUAUGGCAAUGAGUUGACGGGAUCAUUUCCAACAACUUUUGCGGGCUUGCAAAAUCUUCAAGGACUAGAUCUUCGUACAAAUAAGAUAAGUGGAUCUAUUCCUGAAACUCUUUGUGAACUUCCCAAUUUCUAUGGAUUGCUGUUGUCGGAAAAUUUAAUAACAGGUGCUAUUCCAGACUGCUUAGGGAAUAUUACUACACUAAGGGUUCUAUAUAUAGACAGCAACAGAUUGACCUCCACCAUACCUGCAAGCCUAUGGCUCCGGAAUGAUCUUCUGGAGUUGAGUCUAUCUUCAAAUUUUUUGAGCGGCUUCUGCCUCAAGAAAUAGGGAAUCUGAAGGCUGCAACUGUUAUUGAUCUAUCAGCCAAUCGAUUCUCAGGUAGGAUUCCAACAACAAUUGGUGAUCUACAGAGCUCGAUUAAUCUUUCCUUAGCACAUAACACACUGCACGGAUCUAUUCCGGAAUCAAUGGGUAAGCUGCUGAACCUGGAGCGACUCGAUCUAUCUUACAACAAUCUUUCGGGUAAUAUCCCCAAGUCCUUGGAGGAACUUAAGUAUCUCACAUACUUGAACUUCUCUUUCAAUGAUUUAAGUGGUGAAGUUCCUUCUGGUGGUCCUUUCAGAAACUUUUCGAGUCAAUCCUUCAUUUCUAAUGAAGGAUUAUGUGGUGAUCCUAUAUAUGGUCUCUCAUCAUGUCCCAUUGGUAAACAAAAGAG